UGGUUCUAUUGCAGCACAUCUUGCUGCCACACACCGGAUGAACUAGCCCGGUGGGUCACCGUGCAGGCACAUCUUCGGCGAGGGUGACAGCGCCCAUGCCGCCAAAGUGAUAUCGUGUAGGUCUGCUCUUACAUUCGAACAAGUCUUGUUCGAAGUAGUCUGUGCAAUCGCCAACAUCAUGGCAAACGAUCCGACCUCGCUAAGCGUAGAGACCUUGUUCGACGUGAAAGGCUGGGUGGCAGUCGUACGGACUGGUGGAGGUACUGGACUUGGCCUGAUCACCGCACAAUCACUUGCAGCAAAUGGUGUCAAAGUCUACGUAACCGGACGACGAUUAGAGAAGCUCAAAGAUGCCGAAAUGCAAGACUCCAAGUCAGGCGGCUCAAUCAUAGCUCUCCAAAUGGAUGUCACGGACAAAGACAGUAUUGUGUCCGCUGUCAAGCACGUCUCCGAGAAGGAGAAAUGGAUCAACUUCCUCGUCAACAACGCGGGAGUCACCAGCGUCAAUUAUGGCAAGGCCGGGCAACCCACUGGCAGCGUUCAGGAGGUCGCUGACGCAAUGCUGAACAAUCAAACCUUCGAUGACUGGAUUUCGAUCUACAAGGUCAACGUCGCGAGCUACUACUUCACCUCUGUGGCCUUCCUGCCGCUGCUGUGUGCUGCACGGGAUCAUGGCUACCCAGAGGCUGGCAGCAUAUUGAACAUCAGCUCCAUCAGCGGUAUAACGAAAGAAUCUCAGAACGGCCAGUUCAGCUACAAUGCUUCCAAGGCAGCAUGCAUCUCGCUGACCGAGCAGCUUGCCGUAGAUCUCAAGCGGCCAGAUCUGGAGGUUCGGGUUAACACGCUCGCGCCUGGGUAUUUCCCAAGCGAGAUGACGCCUAUUGGCGUCGAGGCAGGCCAGGCCAAGGAGCACUUCCGCACGAAAUGGGGUAUCCCCUUUGGCAAAGCUGGCAGUUCUAGAGACUACGCGCAGGCGGUACUCAACUUUGCGGUCAAUAGCUAUAUCACUGGCAGCACGCUUGUGAUCGAUGGCGGGUGGUUGUUAGCUCAUGCCUAG